AUUUUUAAUUUUAUAGUAAAAUGAAUAACGAAGAAGCCAUUCAAAUAUUGUUAUUAAAAUCUGAGCAAUAAGUGAAAACGAUAAAUAUGCUUAAUUCACAACUUGAAAUAUCAAAUAAUGAAAAAUCUGAGUUAAGACUUUAAGUAAAAAAUUAAAUUAAUCUUCAGAUAAUAGCUUUACAGAACGACAAUAUGACACUUAGAAGAGAAAAGGAUGGUUUGUAUUUUCAGAUUAAAUAAUUGUAAAAGCAACUAGCAAAUUAAGAUUAGAAUAAAGAUAUUUAGAUUGGGUAAGAAAAUAAACCUGGACAAGUUUUCAAAUAAGAGAUUCCUAAGUUUAAUAUAUCAAAGCAAAAAUAAGAAUUUAUUGAAUAAGAACAUAAAAGAUUAUUGGAUGAAAAUGGUAAGUUGCUGCAAGAAAUUUAAGAUUUUUAGGGACAAUUAUAAUCAAAAAGCUUAAUUAUUGAAUAAUUAUAACAUCAAAUAUAAGAAAUAUAAAAUGAAAUCAAUUUUAAGGAGGCAUUAAUUAAAAAAAAAGAUUAUCAUAUUCUUGAAUAUGAAAAAAAAAUAACAAACAUUUAAGAUGUACAUCAAGAGAAACUCAAUGGAUUAUAGUAUCAAUUACAGAAAAUGAGAGAUUAUAUGUUAUAAAGUUAUUAAGAAAAUGGAAGCGAUAAUUAAAAUAAUCAGGCCAUAUUUUCAAAGCUAAUAUAAAAUACCGGAAACGUAGAAUAAAAUGCCAAUAAAAUAUUAAUAAAUGAUUAAUAAUAAAUACAAUAGCCCUAACAUUCAAUUCCUCAAUUGUCGCAGUUGCCUGUAUAUAAAUGAAUAAUAUUAAAUAGCUAUCUGCUGAGAGAUAUAAUACAGAAAUUAAUGAACUUUAAGCACAAUCAUCAGGAAGACAUCAUAUUAAAUAAAGUACAAAUAAUCCAGGAUAAAUGAGAUAAUCUAAUGAAUAAAAUACUUUCUAACUCAAUACAGUUUAAUCUGAAUUUAGUAAUCAAUCUCAACCCAAAGUAUCUGAAAGAUUUAAAAAUAGUGAUUAUAAUUGA